AACAUUCUUCGAUAAAAUGGAUGUAACGGAUAACAUAAAUACGGAGUUUCCAUUUGAAUUGCCACCAAUUUGGCCUGAUAUAAAGACUGAAUUAAGGGAAUAUAUUGUGUGUUUGGAUAAUCUCCCAAUAUAUAAACUUGAUAAUGCACAAUGUUAUUGGCCAAGGAAACCCAAUAUUUUGUCCCUCUUGGACUUUGACCUAGCACCACUUGGAACUACUUUAAAAUUUGACCGUGAUCCUAUCAAUGGAAAACUUGGGGAAAUACACGAGGUUCCUUUACAAUCAGUUGGAAAAACAGCAAGAAACUCCAUGUCUAUGAAUCGUGCACCAGGGCCUGCUAUGGAAAGUCUCAGAGGUAAUACUAGCAAUAUUCCAUUCUUUCCUGGUGGAUUUGAUGAACCUGAAAUGGUAGAUGAUCCUUCAAUGGAAGAGAUUGACUUUGAAAAUAAUUUAAGGACCUUAGCAAAAGGGUUUAGUGCCGGUGUGGAAUUCAAAAGUGAUAAUUGCACUCCAAAAGACACAGCUACUCAAGAGGAGCAAGUUUUAGAAUCAAGAAAAAAUGAAGUAGAAAAGAUAGCAGAUAAGAUUAAUUUAAUGUCUAUUGUACAUGAAGAGCGAAAUGUUCUAGGCUUAUGGUUACCUGAAUCGAAGGAACCAAAGGAGAAGGAGACUAAGAAGCCUUCAGAUGUGCAGGAACCAUCAUUUGAUGAUAUUGUUCCAUUAAUAGACGAAUCGAAUGUUCCCAUUUUGAAAAUCUCAGAGAAACCCCAGACGACUACAAAGACACAAUGGGCAGAACAGCUAGAUGUGUCUGUUCCUAUAGCUGAUUUCGAAAAACGUAUACCUGAACCAGCAAUGAGUUUUCCAUACGAAUUGGACACCUUUCAAAAACAAGCGAUUCUGAAGUUAGAAGAAAAUUGCAAUGUAUUUGUCGCCGCUCAUACGUCGGCUGGCAAGACGACAGUAGCGGAAUAUGCGAUUGCUUUAAGUCAGAAACACAUGACAAGGGUUAUUUAUACAUCUCCUAUUAAAGCACUGUCGAACCAGAAAUACAGAGAUUUUAAAAGAAAAUUCGAUAGUGUUGGUUUGUUAACAGGAGAGUUACAGAUUAAUUCGAAUGCUUCUUGUCUCAUUAUGACCACCGAAAUUUUACAAUCAAUGUUGUAUUGCGCAUCUGAAGUUUUAAGAGAUUUAGAAUUUGUUAUAUUUGACGAGGUGCACUAUAUUAAUAAUGACGAUCGUGGUCAUGUUUGGGAAGAAAGCGUCAUUCUUUUACCAAAAACGGUUAAUAUAGUAAUGUUGUCUGCAACUGUACCAAAUCCAUUAGUAUUCGCCGAUUGGGUUGGUCGUACGAAGAAAAAGAAGACGUAUGUGAUAAGCACAUUAAAGAGACCAGUACCACUUCAGCAUUAUCUAUAUACCGGAACCGAUGGUAAAACUAGGAACGACAAAUUUUUGGUGUUGGACGAAAGUGGUCAAUUUUUGCUAGAUGGGUGGUUCAAGGCAUCGAAUGCAAAAGAUCCAAAAAAUGGUAAAGAUAUGAAAAAACCAAUGAAUCGUCGAAUGACUCCAAAGCAGGAACAGGUCUUGUGGAACGCUUUUAUAGGUCAUCUCAAGAGCAAAAAUAUGUUGCCAGUGGUGGUCUUCAUGUUGUCACGGAAACGUUGCGACAUGAGCGCUAUUUUGCUGAGAAACGUUGACCUUACAACCGAAAGUGAAAAGUAUACUAUUAGGACGUUUUUUCAAAACAAUAUCAAGCAUUUGAAGGGUAGCGAUAGGCAAUUACCACAAGUUCUGAUGAUGCAGGAACUGUUGCAAAAUGGUAUUGGCAUUCACCACAGUGGUAUACUACCAAUUUUGAAGGAAAUAGUGGAAAUGUUAUUUCAAAGUGGAAUUGUAAAGUUAUUGUUUGCAACAGAAACGUUCGCAAUGGGUGUAAAUAUGCCAGCGCGUACGGUGGUUUUCGAUUCCGUUACAAAGUUCGACGGCAGCACUUUCCGGAUACUUCAUCCUACCGAGUACAUACAAAUGGCUGGACGUGCUGGUCGUAGAGGUCACGACACGGCAGGAAUGGUUAUAGUCCUGUGUAGAACAGCGGUGCCACAUUUUAAGGAGUUGACCACUAUGAUGUGUGGCCAAGCCCAAAACUUAGAAUCUAAAUUCAAAGUGACAUAUUCGAUGGUGUUAAAUCUGAGACGAGUCAACGAGUCAGUGUCGGUAGAAGCAAUGAUGCGUAGAUCCUUCAAAGAAUCCCCAUUGGCUGUGAAGCUGAAUAGUUACAAGGACGAGUUGCAAAAAGUGGAAGAUGAAAUGACGAAGUUACCGCCUUUGACCGAAUUACAGAAGAAGCUCACCGACUUCUAUAAGGUUGCCAUUGAUUAUUUAGAGUAUCUAAAGUAUUUGAAACCGUUGGUAUAUGAUACACAGAAGGAUGCAGUGAAGAAACUAGUACCUGGCAGGGUUUUGCUUAUAUCAUUCGAAAAUCAUUACAAUAAAUUAGGUUUACUUCUGAGUACCGUUCAUAGUAAAAGUAUUAGGCAGUAUAGGAUAUUAGUCCUUACAAAUUUGGAAGCAUCGAAAUCUUCGGAAGACAAGCCAUCGGAAGUUCUGAAACACAAGAAUCCACAGUGGUAUGAUAUUGUCGCUUUAACCAAGAAGGAAUUGUUUGUGCCGGUUGGAGUUCCAUCCGGUGAAGUGUUGACUAUACCUGCAUGGAAUAUAUUAGAGAUAACUAGUCGUCAGAUUAAGGUGGAUUAUAAUUUGGUCUUGUCGAAUUGGGAGAAGAGGCAAAUCCCAAGAUUCAGGGAUGAACCACCUAGUCCAACUUACCAAGCGGCUAUGCAAGAAUUAAUGACGCUAUCCCUAAAUGCUACUCGCGAUCCUUCUAUUUUACAACCGUAUACAGAAAUGUCAUUGAAUUACGACGCAGACGUGAAAAUAAAACACUUGCUUCAGUUAAAGAAAACCGUUUAUGAUAUGAAAUGCACGGAAAUCUCAAAUUUUGAAGAACAAUUUGAGAUUGUAUUUGAACGAAGCGAAUUAGAAAGUAAAAGAAAAAAACUUCAACUGAAGCUCAGUGAUGAAGGUUUGAGCCUUUAUCCUGAGUACACAAAUGCUGUUAAUCUUCUGAAAGAAUUACGAUACAUAGACAACGAUGAAAGAGUUGCAUUGAAAGGUCGAGUUGCCUUGCAAAUGGGAAAUAACGAAUUACUAAUCACGGAACUGAUUCUUAAGAAUGUGUUAACAGUACUUCAGCCAUCUGAAAUAGCAGCACUGUUGUCGACUUUAGUAUUUCAACAACGAACGAAUGUUGAGCCUAAUCUUCCACCAGAAUUGAAAUGGGGUUUCGAGAAAAUAAAACAGAUAUAUGCAGAAUUGGAAGCUUUAGAGGAGCACUAUCAAUUAUCGACGCUACAACAGUUGAACGUUGGCUUGGUGGAAGUGGUUUACGAUUGGGCGCAAGCUAAGUCAUUCGCUGAAAUAAUGGAAAAAACGGACGUACAAGAGGGAAUCAUAGUGCGAUGUAUUCAACAAUUAAGUGAAACAUUAAGGGAUGUAAAAAAUGCUGCUGUAACUAUCGGUGAUCCUGUUCUAAAGGAAAAGAUGGAGGAAGCUUCGACAGCUAUUAAGAGGGAUAUUGUUUUUACCGCGUCGUUGUAUACGCAAGAUUAAGCAUGGGACAAACUCUAUGUGCAAU